CACGUGAAGGCGCCAGCGGCGGUUUCGGGUUAGAGAGAGCCUGCAUUCAGGGAGACGCGAUGGCGGAAAUGGCGACGCUGAACCUGAACGAUGAAGUUGUGAAGAUGAGGAAGGAAGUGAAGAAGGUCCGAGUUUUGGUCAUCCGCAAACUCACCAGGCACAUCACCAAACUGAAGUCAAAAAAUGGUUCUGAAGGUGAACUACAGAAGAAUGAAAGACGAGUGCAACGAUUAGUUGAGGAAAUCCAUGCCAUGAAGGAGGUAAAACCUGAUGAAGUUACUAAAUCUGCUCUUGCGGAAGACAUUAACUUUGAGAAAGUUUGUAAAAAGCCAGAUUUGACUGCUACUGAAAGGGCAAUUGCCAGACUAGCAACACACCCACAGUUGAAGAAAAAAACUGAUGACUUAAAAGCUGCAGUCAAAGCCUUUAAAGAUGCCAGGCAGGGUGGGGCUGGAGCCGAGGCUUCAGAGAAGUGUGCAGAAGGUGAUCCUUCAAAAGUGAAGGAACUGCUAAGUUCCAAGAAAAAAGUGGAGAGACAGCUUCCAAAAGAGAGGACCAACCUAAAACAAGAAGAAAAGGAUAAAGCUCUGGUGAGCAAGAAACCAAACAUUAUGCCUGAGAGGAAAGUGAGCAGAGAAACUUCCACACAGCCAAGACAGGACCAAGACAUUCCAAAAAGUCUGGGCCAGUCUGCUCCAAAGCUUCCUUCAUUCCCACGGGAGACCACAAAGAGCUUUGGCCAGGGCACCAACACGAAUACGCAUGCUACCCCAAACCGGCUCGCUUCAACUGAAGGGCCACGGAGCGACAGCAGUGAUCUGGAAGAGUUAAGUGAAGGCGAGAAGGAGCAUUUUGACGACAGCACCGAAGAAAGGUUUUAUAAGCAGUCUUCGGUUUCGGAAGAUAGUGGCAGCGAGGAUGAUUUUUUCAUCGGUAAAGUGAAGCGGAUGAAGAAGAAAGAAAGCAGCAACGAGGCUUUAGCUAAGGGCCAAAAGACUCUCCCCAAACCACUGCCAAAGGGAGGAAAGCCCCAAGAGUGGGAAAACCUGCUGCAGAGGGCAGCACCUGAAGCCGGCCGAUCCAGCGGGAAAUCUAAGAAGCUGGAAUCGGUGUUUUGCCAUUCUUUGUCGGACUCCAAAGGCGCUAACAAAAAUGCCCGAGAGCAGGCUCCCCGAACCAGGAUCCCUGCUUUUCAACAGAAGGAAAGUUGGAACAAGAAACAGCUUAAUAAGGGCACAAACUCCAGGCCUGAAAAUAAGAGGCAGCAACAGCAGCAACCUCUUCAUCCUUCGUGGGAGGCAAGUAGGAAACGAAAGCAAGAGAUGUCUAAAAUCACACCGUUUCAAGGGAAGAAGAUUACAUUUGAUGAUGAUUAACCUGGGCAGGAAGUCUUCAUUCUGGGAAGAAGGCUAUUUCACCUCCAACCCUCCUGCUUUGGGUACAUAAUACUGGGUAUUUAAGUUUGAGUUUGUGUGUCCCACUUUUAGCACAGGAAGAAAGAGUUGUGCUAGAGUUUGCAAAUAUUUUAGGCAAGUUAAAUGUUUGGAGGUGUUUAACCUACUUUAUCAGUUCUAAGAAAGCUGUGCAAUGCAGUUGUUUUGUAAAAUCUCCUGAAGAGUAUUUUUAGAGUAUUUUUGAGUGUCUCAUUUGAUUUUUUUGUUUUUUUGUUUUCUGUUUUGUUGUUGUUUUCUUUUAUUUUGGAUCUGUCAUGAGAAUUACAUCACUACCUGUUUUGCGUUGAGGUUUUCUCAUUCAAAUAAAGGUGGAGGUUUAUUACUUGCUGAUAAUAGCCAAGGUGGUAAGACUAGAGAGAGGAGAGCAUUUAAUUGCUCUUGAAAUUGUAACACUGGCCAAUAAUCAUGUCUUUUAAAAACUAUUAAUCAUCAUCAUCAUCAAUCGUAUUUAUUGAGCGCUUACUGUGUGCAGAGCACUGUACU